AUGCUGCGGGCCGCGCUGGGCCUCCUGCCGGCGCUGCUGGGCCGCGCGGGGCCCGGGGGGCCGGGCCGGAGGCGGCCGUGGGCGGCCCCGGAGCCCGCGGGCCGGGGCUGGCGGCGCUGGGCCUCCGGGCCGGGGCGCGCGGCGGCGGCGGCGGCGGCUCACUACCAGCUCGUCUACACCUGCAAGGUCUGCGGCGCGCGGGCCGCGCGGCGCGUCUCCAAGCGCGCCUACCACCAGGGCGUGGUGGUCGUGACCUGCCCCGGCUGCCGCAGCCACCACGUCAUCGCCGACAACCUGGGCUGGUUCUCGGACCUGGACGGGAAGAGGAAUAUUGAAGAAAUCCUGGCGGCCAGAGGGGAGGAGGUGCGCAGAGUGGCCAGCGACAGGGCCCUGGAGCUGGUUUUGGAGGCUGCGGGGGCCCCCACACCCACUGAUGUUCCAAAAGGGGGUGAGGACCAGGAUCCCACCCACCCUAGCAAGACAGAGAGCAGCUGACUGGCCUUCUGCCUGGGAGUGGACGCUACGAACCCUGGACUGGGUCUCUUUUUUCUCUCAAUAAACAGACGUCUUGCUGCUCAGGGUUAGGACUCCAUUGUUCCUGGGUCUGGAGGCAGAAUGGUGGCAUCCGCUUCCUGGGGCUGGCAGCCCUGCUGGU